AUGUGUCCAGAGGGUUCAUCCUCGACUAUUUCCACCAUAGGAGCAUCCAGCCAUGAAGAUCUCAUACCGAUCAACACAAGGGCCACUUACCUCAAGAGGACGACGAGACGCGAGCGCCGCCUGCUGGUGCUGCUCGUAGUUCUCGGGCUGACCGCUGCGGCGCUGCUCGUCGCCCUCGUCAUACUCGCCUGCCUCUACCUCAAGAGAAGCUUUGCUGUGCGGAUAUGUGACUCACCAGAGUGCAUCAGAUCGGCGGCGAAUCUGAAGCGCUCCAUGGACCCUACUGCGGACCCGUGCGAGGACUUCUACCGCUACACGUGCGGCGGGUGGCCGAGAGACCACCCCAUACCGGGGGCGGCGGUCGCACACAGCUGGUUCGACGAGCGGGCCGAGCGCGUCCAGAUGGAGAUACGCGAUUUCCUGAACCAGAACGACAGCAAUGAGGAUCCCGAGCCCGUGAAGAAGGCCAGACUGAUGUACCGCGUCUGCAUGGACACACGGACGCUGGACAGCCGUGGCCUGAAGCCAGCCAAGCGCGCCAUGGAGUCUGUCGGCCUGGAACUGGAGGCUCCAGCACCACUGGGAGGGGGCGCGGUGCCCGCGCAGUCGUCGUGGUCUGCGGUGAUGGGCCGCACGCGGCGCCUGCUCGCCUACGAGACGCUGUUCGGCGUCGGCGUCUACUGGGACCUCCACAACCGCUCCGUCAACACCAUCAUGCUGGGGCGGCCCGCCGCCAAGUCCCCGUUGCCCUCGCACCAAGAGCUGGAGGAGCGCAUCCGCAAGCUGUGGCGCAGGAGGGCGCGCCAGCAGGCUCGGCCAGAAGAGCCCCGGCAGUGCAGCGGCCGGCUGUGUGCCGUCGUCAGCCAGAGCCGCAGGGUGCUGGCCUCCAGGGAGGAGCAGGCCUACGUGGACUACAUGCUCGCCGCCGCCACCCACGCACACGUCUCGACCAGGGGCAGGAGCAGCGCCGCAGCGCUGGACCGGGACCUCCAGGACGAGGCCGCCUGGACCGUCCUGGACUUCGAGCAGAGUCUGCGCAAGGCGUACUAUGAAGAAUCUGCAGGCCAGGACUACAGCCUGAUGACCGUGGCGGAGCUGCAGAAUCUGACUGACACAGCCGCCGAGAAAGGGACCACUGAUGUCAGAGUGAGUAGAGCCAGAGACACCACCUAUGUGUAUGUGUUUGUCCCACAGGUGAACUGGCGCGAGUUUCUGGAGGAGGUGUUCUCCGGGGUGGAGAACGUGACGCUGCGCCUGGAUGGGCGUGACGCAGACCUGGUGGCCGUGCUCGAUGUGGACUACCUCACAUCAGUGGCCGCCAUACUGGCCAACCACACCGCCGACACAGUGUGGACUUCGCUGUGGUGGCAGGUGUUCCGCGUGCUGUCUCCACACACGGACCGCGCCAUGCGCCAGCUCAAGCACAACUACCUGGAGGCGUCGCUGGGCAUCCAGUUCCGGCAGGCCAGGCCCCUGGUGUGCGCCAGCGCGGUCAACCAGCUGCUGGGGAUGGUGGUUAGCUACAUGUACGUCGCAGAGCCCCGGUUCCUCAACAGCACGCGCAGGAAGGUGGAGGAAAUGAUCGAGGACAUCCAGAAGGCGUUUGAGACGCUGGUGACGCUCUCUGACUGGCUGGACCAACCCACAAAAGCGGCGACCAUCAGAAAGGUCCGCGCCAUGAGCCGACUGGUCGCCUUCCCCGACUGGCUGGCCAACAGGACCACCUUUGAGGAGUACUACCAAGAGCUGGAGAUCCAGGUGGGGGAACAUCUGGAGAAUAUGCUGGGAAUCCUGCGGUUGCAAGUCUAUUCCAUGCUGUCGACUUUACGAACCACAAACAAUAACAUCAGUGCGGACUGGGCCAGCGAUCCUACAACUGUCAACGCGUACCACACAUUCCAGUCCAACGCUAUCACUAUUCCAGCCGCAAUUCUGGACUUUCCAUUCUACGACCUAGGAAUUGAGGCACUGAAUUACGGGGCCAUAGGGACCAUCCUGGCUCACGAAGUCACUCACGGCUUUGAUGAUACAGGUCGUCAGUAUGACCCGAGAGGUGAACUGGUGCCGUGGUGGACCAACAGAACAGUGGAGGCAUACAGUAACCGCACACAGUGCUACAUCAACCAGUACAGCGCCUAUAACGUUACGGAAGUCAGCAAACAGGUGGAUGGAGAGCAGACGCUGGACGAGAACAUCGCAGACAAUGGGGGGCUGCUGGAGGCGUUCGUAGCCUACCAGCUGUACCUCAUACGCAACCGUAAUGAGGAUGGCGUGCUGCCUGGGUUCCAGAACUUCACUCAUAACCAAAUGUUCUUCAUCGGAUAUGGAAACAUGUGGUGUACUGCGAGCACGCCCAGUGGCCUCAAGUGGGCCCUGGAGGACGAGCACGCGCCCAACCACGUGAGGGUGCAGGGCACGCUCUCCAACCUGCCCAACUUCGCCGAGGCCUUCAGCUGCCCAAGCGGGUCGCGCAUGAACCCUGACAACCGCUGCAAGCUCUGGUAG